CCGUUGUACUUCCGCUCCGGAAACAUUGGGCCAGACGGAUUGGAUUAAUAAAGAAGACUUAAAUAUUUAAAUAACCAUCUCGCAUUUGCGGGUUAUUUGUUUGUUAAUAAUCGUUUGAAGCCAAUUUUUUAAAGUAGUAAACGGUAACGAAACCGGCAAAAACCAAAAUGAGUUACCUUAUUCUUCCACAAAAUGGAGUCGUGGACGGACAAACGCACUACAGCCCGGAGAUUGCAGCACCAGAAAUACCAAUGAACUCCCCAAUGGGAUCUCUUCACCGAAACUUAAUGAAACGUCCGAAGGAUCUGCAAGUAGCAACGAAUGGAUACGUUGGAAAAAACCUUUCAGACAACAGCGCAGACGACGGCGGGUCUCUGCCGUGCACCCCGGAGAUGCCAACGGACAGCCACCCCGCCACACCGGGCGGCCAUGCGGGGGACGAAGCGCUGGACAACGACACGAAGGAGCUUAUUAGCAGUUUCCUAAGAGACUUUACGGGACUUCCUAAACAACGGCGGAAUCAAACUAAAGCUCUGUCUACCAUGAAAAGGGUGGUGGAGGACGUUUUGUCGAAACACAGAUACGCUUACAAUGGUAUGAUGAAUAAGCUUUGUUUAGAUGAAGUACCGGACAACAUGGGAUUUGUGAGUUCAGUCGCCACGAGCCUCUUUUCAGACGGAACCACGAAUUGGGGCCGGAUAGUGAGCCUGGUGGCCUUCGGGGCUGUGGUGUGUCAGCACCUGAAGGAGAAAGGCAGAGAGAACUGCGUGGAGCUGGUGAGCCAAGAGAUCUCCACAUACCUGCUGCAAAAUCAGAGGGACUGGCUAGUAAAGAACAAUUCAUGGAAUGGAUUUGUGGAGUUCUUCAGAGUAGAAGAUCCUGAAGCAACAAUGAGGAACACUCUCAUGGCUUUUGUUGGAGUGGCUGGUAUUGGGGCAACAUUGGCCUUUCUGAUCAGGUGAAAUUGUUGGACUCUUGGACUGAUCUCUGGGCUGUUAAGGACUGAGAAAGACAGACUGUUAUCAGCAUCUCACCAUGUGUGGCUUUUUUUUUUUGUCAGUCACCUUUUAGCCACGUGUAUUUUUCUGUAAAUGUUCUGUUUAUAAAGCUUUAUUUAAUAUACAAAUUUAUUUUUCUAAUUAAACAUUUGUAUGCGAGGAGAAUGUAGCUGAUUUAAUUUAAACAUUUUUGGGGGAGGGGGGGGGGUUGUUUAAGAGUUUUAGUCGUUAUCAUGUCAAAGUUUUCCAGGCCAAUUGAGGUCAGGCCGUCUUUAUUUCUUUAACAUGUUGCAAAAUGAACCCACAUUGGAUCUUUCACAAAAGUCAGGUUGUAGGUAAUGAUUUGCACAUAUGUCACUCUUUAAAAGCAAAUUUCUUACUAUUUAGUUGUAAAUAAAUAAAUUUGAAUACAUUG